AUGACACCCACAGUUGGGCGAUUCACUUCACCGACCACGGUUAAGAAAAACACUGAACAGCACAAAAGUAAAGAUAAUGCAUUAAGAAAAAGACGAACUGUUGUUGACUUAACAUUGAACAUGGCGUCAGUUCCACAUUCUUUAUCACAUUACAUCGUUUUCUCUUAUCAUAAAAAUCAUCAAGAACUUGUUUUCAAAGUUUAUCAGUAUUUAAAGGGUCAAAAUUUGCCCGUAUGGAUUGAUGUCGAAGACGGAGUCAACAAAGAUCAAUAUAACAGUGUUCGAGAAAAGAUCACUGGUCUCGUUUGUUUCAUGACACCGAUGUACGAAUCUUCGCAACGUUGUCAACAAGAUGUUGAGUUUGCGAAAAAUGAAGGCAUACCAAUAAUUGCUUGUCGGAUUCUACGUAAUUGGAAACCCUCGGGUUGGCUUAAUAAAGUUACCAGCGAUUUACUAAUCAUCGAUUUACGGGAUAUCAAUGACAAGAAUUUUGAAGAUAAAGUUCAAAAGUUGCAACAAAAGCUAAACUGGCUUUUAGAUACCGGAAGAAAUUCACCAGUAAUGUCUCAAUCAUCAGUAACUGAUCCAUCGAUGCUGGGAGACCGGUCAAUUGUUUAUAAGGAGCCUUCGACGCUUCCUCCCAAGAACAAAUCGAGUAUAAAUCAUCAGAAAAAACACCCAGUCAAAUACCGAAUGUUGCCAACCACUUGCCGUUUAUAUCUAUCAAAUGUCAUGACUUGUAGUCAUGAAUACAUUUUAAUUAAUGCCAAUAAUCAUCUACAUUUAUUCGAUAAAAAUCUUCGGCUAAUUCGGUCAAACAAUGAUGUUCGAAUAGCGGAAAUCGAUCUACGAGACUUAUGUUGGUGUCCCAAUUUGAAUAAUUUUAUUAUUUUAACUCGAAAGCAAAUUUAUCUGAUGAACCCUUUGACGUGUAAAUUAUCUUUGAUUGAAAAUUUCAAAUCGAAUGAUCGUCUAGAAGAAUAUGUCUCGUGUUGCUGUUCGGAUGAGAAACUUUAUCUUGUUACAUGUCAAUUAAGCACCAAGACAUACUUUUUCCAUGACUACAACUUGCCAACGUUCCGGUUUUGUCGAAAACUAAGAAUUCGAGAUCUGAUCGGAACGUCGCUGUUGAUACAAAAUGGAUUGUUCAACAAAUAUGAGAUAGAAGAUUUAAUUUCCAUUCGAUAUUUUCAGCAGAAAGCUGCGAUAAUUAUGAGAAUAGCGUCGAAUUGGUAUAUCUAUAUAUUUAGUUUACACGAAUUACCCGUUUUAGUGAAAGAAUACCAAUUAGACGGACGAAGUCGAAUGGCAAUUCUAAAUCCAUCAACUCAGUGGAUCGUAUUCAAAGAUUAUCUAGCAAAUGAAUUUAUUCAAGUUAAUAUCGAUUUAAAAAACAAUGAAACAGAUCAGAGUGUCGAUUUCGUCAAAGGUUGUAUCGAUUUCGAUGCACACUUACACAGUGUUGCACUUUUCGGGCCAUCAAAUCUGGUCCUUCUCAUUGACAAUGCACUUAUUCUUUAUAAAAACUAA